UGUCAAUAAUGCUACACAGGUUUUGUUUGUCUAUAUCUGUUUGAUAUGCGUCGAAAGUCGCACAGUUGUUGUUUGAUAGUGUUCGAUUUCAACAGAGUAAAUUUAGAACCAAUUCUUAUCGCCAGGCAAGUGGAUUUAAACAAAAUAAGCAAGUCUGUAGAUGUAAACAGUACGCGAAGUAGCAUUCACUUUUUGAGUUACCUGAAGGGCAAUGCACUGUGGGUACGAGUUGUGUGGUGCGCAUGCGCAGUUCAGUUUACAGUUGGAGCUCGUCAGAAAAUGGCGUCGGCUAAGUUCUUGGAGGAAGCACUCAGUACAGACGUCGAUGAAUCAGCAGUCAGUGCUAUUGUGGGAACGUUGGAGACACAGUUGGUGACUACGCAGCCUGCAGUUUCCAGUCAGCAAGGAACAUCUGCGCCUGUGAAUCAGAAUCAUAUGAACAAUACUAUUGCUAAUGGGGGCACUGUCUCAACACAGAAACACGGUGUUACAAACGGUGGUCCUCCAUCUAUGAAUAUUUUGAAUGCAGAUGCAAAUAAAACUAUUUCUUCUAGUACGAUACAGAGUAGUAAUGUUGUUCAUUCAAGUGUUGUAAAUACUGUCGUGGCUUCUCUUCAUGGAGGAGUACCUACAAGUGGAUACUUAAACCAAGUAACUUCAAGUGCUAAUCAAGGAAAUAUAACAAAUAUUAGCAAAUCUCACGAACCUGUUAAAGUAGUUUAUCCUCCUGGAAGUCAAACGAACACUAGUACUGUCGGUAUUAACAUAAACAACAGAGUGAAUUUCCCAACAACAGCCCUUCCAAAUGGUAAUCUUGGAUUGUCUCCUAUUCCGUCUCAUACAGUGUUAAAUGCAGUCACAUCAACAGUCCAGAGUGCAGUGUCACAGUCUCAUUCACAGUCUGGAGCAAGUGUUACUGGUAAAAUUAGUGGUGUAGUUAGUGUUGACGGGAAACCUGGAACUGCUUUAGUGAUAAAAGCUAGUGGAAAUAAUAAUGCAACUCAAGGUACACCAAUAAGUGCUAAUUUAGUGACAGUCCCAAUGACUGUAAAUACUACCAUGGCCCUGACAGGGUCAUAUGUAAACACAGCUGUUGGAACUACUACUGGCACUACAACAGGAAUGUCAGGUGUGGUGACAUUAACAAAACCAGUUACACAUUCGGUGGGGACUUCACAGACGUUGGUAGGGAAUUCGCCUACUAUUUUACCAGCAAAUGUUCAAAUUUUGAAUGUAAAUGCAGUUCGAUUAGGCACACCUGGUCAGCAAGGACAGAAGAGCAUACCACCAAGAGUUGUUAUAGGUGCACCACAUAUGGUUGGUGCUAGACCAGGGCAGCCAGGACAGAUUACACUACAAACACUACAAGGCUUGCAACCUGGUACGCAAGGUCAUCUAUUGCUGAAGACUGAAAAUGGCCAGUAUCAAUUACUGCGGAUGGGGCCUGUACCGACAACGCAUAGUUCGACUGUUACUCCAAACAGUGGCACUGCUACGAUACCAAGUGGCAGUACCUUCAGGAUUCAGUCAGUUCCAGCGCAUGGAACAGUAGCUGUUGCGACAACAACAGCAGCUGCUAUUCAAGCAACACCUCCUCCAGCUUUAACAACUCAGACAGCAACUGUACAGCGACACACAGUUGACACUACCAAAGAAAAAUGUCGCAAAUUUCUUGCAAAUCUGUUGGAGCUCUCAAGUCGAGAACCAAAAUCUGUGGAAAGGAAUGUGCGUACACUAAUCCAAGAGUUGAUUGACACCAAGGUUGAACCAGAGGAGUUCUGCGAUCGGCUUGAGCGAUUACUGAAUGCAUCUCCACAACCCUGCCUCAUUGGAUUUUUAAAGAAAAGCUUGCCACUCCUCCGCCAGUCUUUAGCUACGAAAGAACUUGUCAUUGAUGGCAUUCGGCCACCACCUCAAAGUGCAGUUGUCUUCUCACUGGCAAAUUCUACAAUGGUUCCUCAAGUGCAGACACAGCAGAUAAGGCCUCAAGUUGCAACGGCGCAGGUGCGGCUAAUGGCACCUGUCAAUGCAGCAACACAGAGUGUAGGAGUGACUACUGUGCCUCGACCUGGGCAGCCAGUACAAACUCACAGAAUUGUUGCGCCUGUGCGGCCACAAACUCCUGUGACUCGGAUGAUAACAACAACGGCUUUGAGGCCUCAGUCGCCUGUUACGACUGCCACGACGACACUCCCUUCAACGAUUACAACGCAAAUAAGGGUACCUACUCCAACACUCCCUACUCCCCCACUUCACAUUAGGCAACCCGUGCAGGUGCAGACAAAAACCCCAACUGCUAUCCAACUGAGACCUCCACCUCCUGUGCAGAUAAAAGCUGCAAUACCCCACAUUAAACCUCAGACAAAUGCCUUUGUCAAACCUCCUACACCUUCUCUCUUGCCAAAACCUGUAGCAAAAGAAAAGGAGAAAAAAUCAUUCUCAUCUGCAGGGUACACAGGAGAUGAUGAUAUCAAUGAUGUAGCGGCAAUGGGUGGUGUCAAUCUGGCAGAAGAAACUCAGAGGAUUCUGGGUUCAACUGAAUUUGUUGGGACACAGAUUCGUUCAUGUAAAGAUGAAAUAUUUUUACAUGCAGCUCCUCUUCAGCAAAGAAUCAGACAAAUUGUUGCUCGUCAUGGCUUAACGGAAGAGCCAUCACCAGAAGUUGCAGCACUGAUAUCACAUGCGACUCAGGAGAGGUUGAAAAACUUGAUAGAAAAAUUGUCCAUUAUUGCAGAGCAUAGAAUAGAUGUUAUUAAGAUGGAUCCGAGGUACGAGGUCACACAGGAUGUUAAAGGACAGCUUAAGUUUCUGGAAGAAUUAGAUCGUGUGGAAAGGAAGAGACAUGAAGAGCAUGAACGGGAGCUACUUUUAAGAGCUGCAAAGAGUAGAUCAAAAUCUGAAGAUCCAGAGCAAGCUAAAUUAAAAGCAAAAGCCAAAGAAAUGCAAAGAGCCGAGAUGGAAGAACUGCGACAGAGGGAAGCAAAUCUCACAGCGCUACAGGCAAUUGGACCAAGGAAGAAGCCCAGGUUGGAACUUGGCACUGGUGUUGGAAAUUCAAGCCAGGGAGGUGCUGGCAGUUCAAAUGGUGCAGGCAGUAGCCUUAACAGGACACAGCUACCAAUGAGGCCAAGGUUGAAACGGGUGAACCUCAGAGACCUGCUUUUCCUGCUGGAACAGGAGAAGGAGACUUGCCGAAGUACUCUUCUGUAUAAAUCUUUCCUCAAGUGAUUGUUGUUCUCACUUCUUGAGUGUUGCGAUAGCCAUGAUUGUCAUUGGCGUAAGUGCUGUGAAUCUAAAACUUCUACUGGUGUCCUGAUCCCUAUUCUUCUCAGAGCUUUUAUGAGAUAAUGACACUGUGAAAAAAGUGUGCAAUGUUGGGGUGAAAUCAAAUGUCUUGAUUUAAAACAGGCAAGUCUUUCUUACUAAGCGUGAAAUGUUGAACUUACUUUGUGUAAAUAAAUGUAAGAAGAGUUAUGGAUUGGUUAUUUGUUGAGUAUCUUAUGAUAAAAGUGACAAAGUGCACGGCAUCCCACUCCCAGGCGAACUUAAUGUGUAAUGAAAUCUUCCUUUAAACUGAUGAAUGAAUGUACUAACUUUUACAAGAAGUCUAAUUGUUACUUUCAGUACAAAGGCAGCCUUAAACACCAAAAUUUUCAUAUCUUUUUUUCUGUGUUCAGAAAAAAAAAAUACUUUUCUUGUUAAAUUUAUUGCUUUAAAUUGACUAGUGCACUGCUAUUUAGUAAUGUGCUAAUGUGAAACUUGGUGUACUAUACUGUCAUUUAAGAUACUGAAAAUCUUCCAGAUUUGUAGCAGAAUAUUGCUAAUACAUUAAAUUUUGUAUUUUUAUAUAGUUAAAGACAUUGCCUCAAACAAUAGUGCACAAUAGAUUGAAGCUCCUGUUUCUUUUACAGUCUUGUGUCUUACUGAUUUGCCUGUUUUAUAAUUGAUGUACAAUUUUAAAUGACUUGAGACUAGUGUAGUAAGUCCAGUGUCUUAUUGAAACAAAAAAAAAUGAAAAAGAAAAAAAUGAAAUAGGGGAAAAUGAGUCAUAUGUAUGUGUUGUUUCUGUAAAGUAUAGGAUAGUCUGUUCUACAGAGGAAUCUAAGUCUUACCCUUAAGUUACCAUGUAUUAUUAUUUUUUAUUUGUUGUUGAGAUUACUGUAAAUUGAUAGUGAAAUUAUAUGUGGUAUGUUAACUUUAACUGAUUGCCCAAAUUAAGCUAAUCAGUUCAAUAUGGCUACCCUACUUUUAAUAUUGCAUCAAAACUGGCUUAACACUCGUAUGUGUUAAAUAUUUUUAAUUUUUUGUUUUAAAUUUCCAUGGAUUGAUCAGUAAUUAGAUUUAUACAGAUUUUUUAAUCUUGUGCUGAUGACUCAUCUGUCUUACAAAAAUGUGCAGUGUUUAUUGUGAUUAAAUUUAAGAGCCAGAUAAUUUCACUGUACCUGAAGCAUUUAAAAUGUUAUUUGUUACUGUUUUUUAUAGAUCUGGCUCUUUACUUAUUUCAUGUGUGUUAUUGCUGAUGCACGUAUACAGAAACACGCCUGGGAGUAUAGAAAAAUUGUAAAUCCUAUUUGCUAAGAGAGAUUAUUUGACAAAAUUGUGUUCAAAUUGGCACUGUUGUAAUUUUCUUUAACGUGAGUUACUGUACAUUUGACAUUUAAGGCUUUUAUGCAAGUAAUGGACAUCUUCCUUAUAACCAUUCAUUUUAUAUUACUGAAUGAAUAAUAAUUGUCAGUGAUAUAAAAACACUUAUUAUGCAAAUUUUCAGUUAUAUACUAGCUAUUGUUUGGAAUUUCAGAAUGUUAUUAUUUCUUUGAGGUAGUCAGAAGUUUCCUUUCAGUGCAGAUGAGCCUUAGCCACAAUAGUAUCCUCUCUGACAUAACAGAAACAAUACUUCAAUUAACUUUCUUGUAUCAUGACGUAGAGGUUCAAGAGAGAGAGUGCUGCUGCAAUAACAGUAAUACUUUGCUGAAUUACUUUCACUGUCCACCCAAGAUGUUAUGUGUGCUGCAGGAAUAAGAAACUUCGAUGCAAGUGGUUUUUGUAAUUUGCGGAAGCCUUUAAAUUCUUAAACACUAAAAUAAAUUCCAGUCUUACGUAACUCACAAUAUAUUUUUGAUGAUGAGGCUUUAUCACACACGCUUAGGAUUGUUAUUCCCUCAUGUAAUUAUGAAAAGCUUAUAACAAUGUUUUAUACAAAAGAAGCAGUUGUUUCUUUCAUUGUCAGUUAUAUUUUUAUAUUUGAACUGAGUAGUGUCAGAAUAAGUGUAGCAUCAGCCUGUUCCACAGUUGGUUUCUUCCUCUAAUAAGUUGAUUAGUAGAACAAGAAAUAUCGUUGCACUGGACACCAUAAAGCACACAAGUGAUAAAAUAAAAGUGCUGUUUCUGUAUGCUUCUAUAACAGCGCAUACCGAAAAUAACAGCCGCUGACCCACUAGCCACUCUUUCAGAUGCUGACUCUGUUCUGAAAUUGUGGUAGACAUUUGCUUAUGCUAUUUACAGAUAUUGUUCCUCUCAGAAAUAUGCAAUGUUCAUUACUUGCUUGAGACACUUAAAUGUCAGCUGUACAAGAGCUGUAUCACUGGUAAUGCCUCCUAAGUGCAAUUGUGCCUAGGCUGUUUCAGCCUGUAAAAUUUCAAGGAGAACUUUGUGCUGUGCUACGUAGUGUAAAUAUAUAUAUUUAUGUGUGUGUGUGUGUGUGUGUGUGUGUGUGUGUGUGUGUGUGAAUUUUGAUUGUUACCUGUAAGUGCCUAUGGAUUUGGCUCACAGUUGUCAUCUUUCAUGGCUUGAUAGUGCCACUGUGGUGCUUUGUGAACUGAACAGAGAGAAAAAAAGUUAUGAAAUAAGUGAACUCUGUUUUGUUGUUUAUCAAGUCCAAAAAGUUUGUAAUGAAGGUAUGCUAGAACUAUAUUUAUAGUUUUCAUAAACUGAAUAUGUGGUGCAUCUGCAGUGACUGUUCACAGUUUCUAACUCUGUGGAUAUAAAUAACAGAUUGCACGUUCAGUUCAGCAGUUUUCAUGUAAAUAAAUAGAAGUCUAGUAUGUUGUACAUAAACAUGUAAAUAAUUGAACUGCGUAUUAGUAAUUAAUUAACAAUAGAACAGUUGUUAUUUUCUAUAUUUCAUGGGGCCAUUUUGUGAGAAUAGGUUGUUUUAAUAACGGCAAAAUACUUUUCUUUGUAAAAUUGCUUCUUUGUGUGAAGUUACAUUAUUUGCUUAUGUCGUAUGUAAUUUAUCCGGUACCAAACGACUGAGACACCUUACGAAUGUUUGCACUUGUGCAACACAUCUCAUUGUCAGUAUUAAUGUUGAUUUGUUUUUCUGAGUUUUUAAUCUAGAGAGGAUCUGAGGAUAUAUGUACAUACUAUUUAACAUUUUUACAUCCCAGUACAGUGACAGUGCUAGAUAGUUUUAGUGAUUUGUUCAUUUUAAAUGAUGUAAUUAAAUGUGAACAUAUAAUUUUGUCAAGGGAUGAAGUUGCUACUUUGUUUGUUAUGCCUAAGACAUAUGUAAUAAGUGCAUAUGUUUAGAACAUUUGUUGUUUCCUACUUCAGUGAAGCUCAUAAUCAUGGCAACUAUUAGGGCUCAUAUUGAGUUUAUAUAUAGUAAAUUUAUAUAAAUAUAUACAUAUAUAUAUAUAUAUCUAACAGAGUU